GGUAAAUAUUAAGAUUCUUACUCUUGUUCUCCUAUUCGCUCUUAAGUAAUUCGUUAUUCGUAAUUCGCUGCGCUCGCCGUUGGCAAAGGACAUUUUUGCAAGGCAAGACUUCCACGCAAAUUUCCCUUUGCGAAUGGCGGCCAUCUUAAUUUGCUUCUGCACGAGAGAUGGACAUUUUUUGUUUACUCUUUCUCUCUCCGUUCUUUGAAAGCGGCUUGAAAAUGCAAGAUUUGCGCGCUUUAAACAAUUGCGAGGCGUUCAAACAACUGCGCAGUGGACUAACUUACUAUCAUACAAAUGUGAAGCCAUUGCACAGCUUCAAUUACGUUAGUGGCAAUGAGCAGCAAAUUAAGAAUGUGGCACAAAUUGUGCUGCAAGUGUUACUGGAGCAUGAGCUAGUUAUAGAGGAGAAGCACUCGAUUAAGGCCGAGCAGAAGCAGCAGGUCAAAGUGAAUGCAGCAGGCGAUAUAGAUAAGCUGCGCGGCACAUUAAUGUAUUUGCUAUUGAAUAGCUCGAUGGGCAACAAGGAGAAGGAGAUGGAGUUGGCUGCAUGGAAUCCGCAGUUUGUGCAUUUGCUCAAACAGCUGCCGGAGCCGUUGACACAGCUGGUGACUGUGAGCGUUGCGUUGAUCUGUGGCCUCCAGGAGUUUCUCUUCGAGUUUUUAGCCUAUGCUCCGACCUGGCUGACCGCUCAAUAUUUUGAUUGUUUAAACAAUGUCUUGAAUCAUCUAGUGGAUAACAAGAUGGAGGCAUUGCCAUAUAUUGGCGGUGCUCUUAAUGCCGUCACUAAUGCAAUCUGCUAUCGAUACUCGAUGCCGAUCAUCGAUAACUCUUUGGCACUACUGCAGCGGCAUUUGCUAUUCAACGAGGAGCGUCUGCGCAGCUUUCUGCCCAGCAGCGGACGACGCAAUCGUUAUUUGGGUAAGGCAAUGUGCAUGCUGCUCGACGUCUUAAUCAAGAUCUUGAGCAGCCUGCAAGAGCUGCCCGAGCCACCCAACUAUAUAUCAAUAUAUGAGCUGCAUUCAUCGCCCAUGAAAUCGGUCAAUGACUUGCUGCCAACAACUCAGCAACAGCUGCAAAUCUUUGGCAACAAACUAAUGGAUGUAGUCCAAUUGCUGUUGCAGCAAAUCAGCGUGGAUACCUAUAUGAGCUGGCAGGAGUUUCCCUCCGAUCAGCUGUUGUUUCAUCUACAGGCGCAGGUGUGCAACAGGUGCCUGAAGGUAACCCAACUGCUGGCUGCUGGGCAACAGGAGCAAGAAUUGCUCUUCAAUCACUCGCUCAAUUCGCAGCUAACAAACUUUAUAGAUGGCGCCCAGAGCUUCGAGCAGUGCUUGGCUGCCUUGAGCCUGGGUGAGCUGCUCAGCUUGUUGGACGGCGAAUCGGGUAAAGUGGAUGAUGAGCAGCUGGCUAAGGCGCUGGACGAGCUGCUAUCGAGGUCCAUUUGCUUUGGCAACGCUGAGUGUGUCGAGAGUUUGGCUAAGCACAAACGUUUCCUGAAUGCAAAACAUCUUGAAAUAAUGCUGGAGCAUUUGGGCCAAGUGGUGCAGCUGCAGAAAGCUGAAGACGAUGACAAGAAGCAGGAGGAGGAUGAGCAAAUGGAGCAGACACAGGAGUCUCCAGUGCAGGUAAAGCGAGAGCAUGAGGAGGAAGUCCACGUCAGCUCUGCUCCGAAAGCAAAUGAGAAGCUGCAAAAGCAGAAGAAGGAUCAAGAACAUGAGAGGAAGGAACAGAACUCCGAGCCGGAGCCGAAGAAGGAUAAAUUGGACGAUGUCGCUGAGCAGCCGAAUGAAGCCGACCAGAAGCAGCAGCCGAUGAAGCAAUCUGUCAAGCAGCCGGCACCUGAGCUCAUGGAGGCGGAUUCUGCACAGCCAAGUGAGCAAAAGCAGCAGAAACACGUAACAAAUGGGUCAAAGCCAAAGCUGGAAGCAGAGGAUGAGGAAAUGGAACUAGAUACAGUGAGCAAUGCAAGCUUAGCUAAUGCCGAGGAGCAAGACGAAGGUGAUAACGAUGAAGAUGAGGAUGAAGAUGAAGAUGAUGAUGAUGACGAUGAGGAGGAGGAUAUGAAUGCUCCAUAUGGCGAACUCAUACACUCGCUGCUGCUGCCCAUCUAUCAGAGCAUCACGAAUGCCCAGCAAAAGUUGCACUUGCUGGAGAAGCGCGAUCAACUGCAGGUGCUAGAACGUUUCUCGUUUGUGUUGCCACAAUAUGUUGCACGCCGAAUCUAUUUCUAUAAUCAGUUGAGCUACUGCAACGAGAGUUUCCCGAUGAAUACCUUUCUGGAUCUAUGCUUCGAGCAGCCACACGAGACCUGGCUGGCCUUUGCCCAACUGGCCAUGAAGCACUCCAGAUUUGCUUCUCUCUAUUUAAGAAUUAUCAAGCGUUGUAUGCCCCACUCGAUGUAUUACCUAGAGGCGACUGUCCAGAGUCUGUUCAACGACGCGCAGCUGUUGUGCUCGUGCUCCAACUCGCGGUAUGCCACAGCCUCGUCGGAGUUGCUGCUGCGUCUCUAUGAGCAGCCCAUUCUGCUGCAGAGCGGCAGCAUGCCACUUCCGGCUCUGAUGCUGCAGCAACAGAAGCUGCCCUUCAAGCAGAGUCAGGAGAGAUUCUUAGCCGACCUGAGCUCGGCCAUGGCCACUUAUACAACGGCCCGAAACUAUGCGGCUGUGGAGAAGACUUUGCUCAUCUUGCUGCAGCUGGAUGCUGUGGAACAGCAGCUGCUAAAGGGCGCCAGGGAUAAGUUGAAGGCAAAGCGUUCGCAGCUCAAUCGACUGAUGCAGUCCAAGUCGAAGACAAGUGGCAAGAGCCAUUCGAAUGUCACGAAGGACAUACGUCGCGCUCGCCAGCAGCUGCAGCUGGCCAAGGCACAAAUAAUUAUGCACAAUUCGUUUAACAAUAACAGAAGCUGCAACUGGCAGCUAGUGUCUCAGAUAGUCCUAAGCAUGGAUCAGCUAAGAGAUAAGUUGGAGCAUUUUCAUCUAACGCGCAUCGCAGCUCUGGACCUAACUAUGAAGUACUAUAUAAAAUAUGUGGCCAGAGCUAUAACCGGCAAUGCAGAGUUGCGUGGGUGUUUGCGCUCGCUGAUUGCUCAAAAGGUGAAGCACAAAGAUUUGUGGCGAGACGAGCAGCUGCUCCUGUUGAUGGAAGAGAAGCGUUCCGUAAGCGAAUAUACCAGACUGCUUAGUCACUCAUCGACUGUGGAAUCAAUCCAAUUGCUGCGCAGCUCGAUUCGUCAUCAUUUGGAUGCAGCUGUUUUGCAGAGCAUUGCAGAACAUGUGAACAAAUUGGGCUCGGCAAAGGCCCACCAUGCAUAUAGUUUUAUAUUUAAGUGCUAUAUGCAGGUGCUCAAUCGUGAACUGAUUGAUCAUGCCAAGCCAAGCGAUUAUCCGCGUCUAAUUGAGCACAUUUUACGCACACCCAACAUUCGUAAACCCGAAAAUUUGCUCGCCGCAAUUCCGAAUUUGAAAAUUUUGCUUCGACCAAGUGGCAUAACGAGCAAAUCACUCAUACUUCAAUACGUUAGCCAAACUUUAGCCCUAACACCUCACUAAAUGUUAUGCAUCAUUAAUUACACCUAAUUUUUCACAUUUUUACACAUUGUCAGUAGGAAUUUAAAUUAUGGCGCCAUUGGAUUCGCGCUUACGCAACAAGGGCUGUUAUGAUAACCAGUAAUUAAAUUGGAAUGAAACA